UUAAAGAGUGAGAAUAAAAAGGAUGGACAUUUUUCUUCUGAUUUAAGCCUCACAGCUCAGUCACGGCGCCCCCUGUAAAUAUCUGGGAAGCGUUGGACCACUCCCACUCCCCCCUGUGUCAGCGGGUCAUUCCCGUCCACGGCUGGUCCACGAUGGACACGUCUCCCUUGAAAAGCCUCCUUGUGGGCCGUUUAAUGCCAGAGAAAUGCUACGAGGAGUUUUUCGUCCGCUUGCAUUUGAACGGUCCCUGUCUAAAGUUUGUGUUGAACAAAACUGUCGGAUUUUGGAUCAUACUGGACACAUUUUUGGCACAGUCCCCUCAGCUGCUGAAGCUGCUGUGGAGAGGAAGUGCAGAAGGCCUGAGUCUGACUGCCUUCCUGCUGCAGCUCUAUGCUUUAUCAUGUCCGGUUGUCUACGCUGCAGCCAGCAACUUCCCAUUCUUUGCCUGGGCUGAGAGGCUCUUCACUUUGGCUCAGACAGCAACCAUCAUCUUCCUGAUCCUGCAUUAUCGCGGUGAAACCCUCAAAGGAAUGCUACUGCUCUUGGGUUUUGGUGGCGUAAUCCUCCUCCUGGUUUCGUCUGCGGCGGCGGCCAUCAUCAGAGUGGUAUACACCUCCAGUCUGGCAGCUUUCAUCCUGAGCAAGGUUGUGCAAACUGUAACAAACUACCAGAAUGGCCACACAGGGCAGCUGUCCAGCCUGUCAGCGUUACUGUCCUGUACCGGGGCUCUUGGUGCUGCUGUUGUUUCUGUGCAGGACAGCGGAGGACCUUUCACUACUUUGUCUCACAUACUGUCCACAUGUCUCAGCUUUGUCCUACUGGCUCAGAUCGUCUGCUACAAGAGGAGCACUGGCUCUGCUGCCAAGAAGACGGAUUAGCUUCAGAAAAAAUCAUUCAUUCAUCAAUAUCUCUGUCAUGAUUUUAAUAAUAUAUAGUUGUGUAACACUGUGUGAAGGAUUCAGUUUUUAAUAGCUUGUGUCUAUAGGUCAGCUGCAACUGUUAGCAGAAUAAAACGUCAUGUGGCGCCCUCUAGUGGCUGUGCGAAAAACAACAUUCUCAGAUUUCAGUCCUAACGAGGAUCUGUGAAUGCUUUAUUUUUAUUAAAUCCAGCCAGUUCUCAUUUAUCCUCAGAAUAUCCUCCAUUUGUGCGUUUGGUUUUUGCAGGCAUCUGCAUAAAAACGAAAUGUGAUAUUUUACAUUGUAUCGGGCGAAUCGUAAUUCAAAUUAAGAUGAAGAAGUAUGAGACAAAUAAAGGGAGCAGAGGAUUCCUGGCAGACAACAGAAUGUUUUUAGUCUUGAUACCGUAGAUGGCACAGUUCCCAAAUCAUGUCUGACUGUGAAGACUUAACACAUGAUUCCUGACUCUGGGAUCCUGGUUUCUAUGAAUUUAAAGAACAGCAGCUGUUGGCUCAUUGUUGCAACUAACAUCUUAACACAACGAAAGCAACCGAUGUGAUGCAUGUCCUGUUAACGCCUCGGUCUGGUUUGCAGUCAUCUCUGCUGCCACUUAGACUUUAACCUUCCACUCAACUUUCCAAUAUUAUGCUUGGAUACAGCACUGUGUGAAAAGACAGUUUUAUUAGCAAUUAGCUUUUUUAAGACUUUCUUUCAGGACAUUUUUAAUUCUAAGUGUUUAUGACCUUUCACCAGAUGAACCUCUAUGGGGAACCCAAGGUUAGAUGCUGUUUUCUGCAGCUGCUCAGGACCGAGACUGUCCUUCCUUAUCGUUGGUAUAAAACUGUUAUUUUGUCUGCCUGUUGUCAGAAUCCACCCAGAACCAACUCAGAGACUCACUUAGACCUUUAAUCUGACCUGUUUUUGAUCUUGUGUCUUUGGUAUUGAAUAAACCUGAUUGAGUGAUUGUCACCUAA